AUGUCACAAAACCCUAAAGAUGAAGAUGAUGAAACUAAAGAUGAUGAAGGUAAAGACGAUGAAGAUACAGAUAAAGAUGAAGAUGAUGAAGAUAAAGAUAAAGAUAAACAUGCUGAAGGUAAACGUGAAGAUAAAGAUAAAGAUGAAGCACAUUGUCUUCAUUUUUGUGCCGUUUGGUUUUAUAGACAGGUUGAUAAUUCAUCCCCACGCAAAUAAGAGAAAUGUUUCUGUUUUUUCGUUCUAUCAUAAGAAAUGCAUAUGAAUGUCGACAUAUGCACCUCAUUAAAUUGUGCUGUAUGCUAAGGCUCUAGUAUACAGUAGAUGACAAAAGACUAUAACGACAACAGAAAGAGAAAAAUAUAGAUCCGACAUAUAACUCUUCAGGAAACUAAUCUAUCUUCUGAUAUUUCCGAUCAAGAAUGUCAUAUUGGUGGCUACUCCCUUUAUAGGCGAGAUCGUAAUCGCCAUGGGAGUGGUAGUCUAGUCUAUGUUUCUGAUUUACUGCAACACUCUAUCAUCGCGGCGGAUACUGAUACAGAAUCUCUCAUAGUAAGCGUCGCCAUUAACGAACGUAUCUUCAUUAUUUGUAAUUCUUAUCGCCCACCUUCAUUUCGGGA